CUGGACGGCUGUGCGCAUCGAGGGUCCGGACGGCGACGCACGCUCUCGCUGGGCAAUGGCAGCACCUUCGGCCAAGGAGAAAGCGGAGCAAUCAGAGGAAGGUGACCUCCAGGAGCCCCCUGUGUCCCCCAAGCCUCAAGAUGAGCAGAGCAAGAGCCAGAGCCCCAUCCAGCUUGAGGACUCCCCUAAGGCAGGUGGGGAGCAGGAGGAAGAACAGGCCUUCCUGGUCAGCCUCUACAAGUUCAUGAAGGAGCGACACACGCCCAUCGAGAGGGUGCCCCAUCUUGGCUUCAAGCAGAUUAACCUGUGGAAGAUCUACAAGGCAGUGGAGAAGCUGGGGGCCUAUGAGCUGGUGACAGGCCGCCGCCUCUGGAAGAACGUGUAUGAUGAACUUGGGGGUAGCCCGGGCAGCACCAGUGCGGCUACAUGCACACGCCGCCACUAUGAGAGGCUGGUCCUCCCAUAUGUGCGGCACCUGAAGGGAGAGGACGACAAACCACUGCCCCCUACCAAGCCCAGGAAGCAAUACAAGAUGGCCAAGGAGCUGAGGGGAGACGAUGGGGCCACUGAGAAGCUGAAGAAGGCCAAGGAUUCAGAGGAGAGACAGGCAGACCAGACCACACCAGAAAAGACCAAAUCAGAUGCCCCUGGCCAGACACAGCUUCCCAGACAAGGAUCCUCAAGGGAUAGCACGGAACAGCUGGGCCCAGUAUCUGGGUCUUCUCCACCGUUCCUGGGUGCUAAUAGCUGUCCUGAGGCCUACAAGCGGCUUUUGGCGAGCUUCUACUGCAAAGGGGCGCAUGGUAUCAUGUCACCACUGGCCAAAAAGAAACUCCUGGCUCAGGUCAGCAAGGCAGAGGCCUUGCAGUGCCGAGAAGAGGGCUGUCGCCACGGAGCAAGGAGCCCCAACAAGGACCUUCAAGAAAGUCCCCAGAACCCAAGAGGGCUGGCUGAGAACUCUGAACACCAACUAACCCCCCCAGAAGGAUUGCGGGCCCCUGGAGGCAGCACCAGUGUGGAGGCACAGGUGGGCCCCUGCCCUACAGCCCCCACGUUCUUAGGCCGUUUUCAUGCGUACCCCACCGAGGUGCUAAAGCCUAUCAGCCAGCACCCCAGGGACUUCUUCUCCGGCCUUAAAGACAGGGUGCUGUUGGGACCACCUGGUAAAGAGGAAGGGCUGACGGCCAAAGAGUCCCAGCUGGUAUGGGGUGGGGAUGCCAACCGCCCCUCUGCAUUCCACAAAGGCGGCACAAGGAAAAGAAGUUUCUACCCCAAGCCCAAAGCCUGCUGGGUGUCCCCCAUGGCUAAGGUCCCUGCUGAGAGUCCCGGAGCCCCACUCCCCCAUCCCAGGAGCCCAGGUCUUAGCAAGAAGCGCGGCUUGGAAGAAGAAGGAUACACUCAUGGUGGCAAGAAACUGAAGGCGGUGUCUCCCUUUCUGAAGGAGGUGGAUGCCAAGGAGAGUGAGGGCAAGCCUGCAGCCCCUGGCUUGGCUGUAUCCUGUCUACUGGGCCCAGCCCUGGGGCCCACUCCUCCAGAGUCCUACAGGGGCACCAUGCUGCAGUGUCCUCUGAACUUCACCAGUAGCGCAGACCCUCUGAAGGGCCAGGCCUCACUGCCCUUCAGCCCCCUGGUCAUCCCUACUUUCCCAGCCCAUCUCCUGGCUACAACAGGCCCCUCGCCUAUGGCUACCAGUCUGAUGCAUUUCCCUCCCACGCCCUAUGACACUGUCCUUCGCAACAGACUGGGUCCAGCUUCAUCUGCCUGGCACGUGCCGCCCGUCACAACCUAUGCGGCACCCCACUUCUUCCACCUCAACACCAAACUGUAGAGCCUGAGUCUAUCCUGCUAUGCCUCGGAGAUGGGGCCUCAGAUGGGCAGGUGCUGCUGCGCGUCUCAGGCCAGACUAGCCUCCCCGAGUCUGACUCCUUCGCACAGACAGGAGGAGGCAGUGGGCUUGUCUGAAUGAAGCAGGCUGUGCCCAAAGCCCAGGGACCAAGUUGUGGUAAGAUCAUGAAAGUACCUGAGCUGGUGUUCUCUUUCCACAGAGGCCAAGAGGACUGAGAGGCUGGGGAGCUAAAUUAUCAGCUCAAGGCAUCCAGGUUGGCCAUGAAAGACCCAAUAAAAAGACACUGGUGUGAUUGCACUCAGCCCAAGGGUGUACAGCAUUGGACGUUUGCAAGGGGAGGGGAGGCAGGAGCGAGCGUGUAGGCGUGGCCAUCAGUGUGGGAGCAAAGAUGAAACAAAGCCACUCUGGCCUGGAUGCUGCCACCCCACUGGAGGGCAGGGCCAGAGCCAAACCCGGCCUCUGUGCACAGACGAACAGCCGAGAUUCCUUCUGCUCCAGCCUCAGGGCACCCGACUGUUGAGGUUGCCGUGGUGCAAAGCCCAGAGCACACUGGUGACCUGUGAGACAAAUGGGAGGGGCUGUGUCAUUGCAACCCUCUGAGCUGAGCCAGUCCCAGAAGGCCUUGAGUCUUUCAGUGAAGGGCUUGCUCUGAGAGGACCUUGCUGUGUUGUUCAUGUUAAUCUGGGACCCCUGACCUAAAGAAAUCCAACUAUGGCCUUCUCAGUAGCAGAAGCUACAGGUGUGGACCUCUGUACCCGUGAAGAGGGGAUUUGUGGGUGCUCGUAUAAAACCCAAGUGAGUCUGUCCUAUUGGUGGGCAGACCUGUGAGCCCA